AUGCUAGAAAUAUACGCUAAUAACGGGCCAUUUGUGUUAAAAAGGCUACACAUCGCGGUAAAUCAGAAGUCUUGUGACGAAGAGCAGUUGUUUGCUAGGCUAUCAGAAUACAAUGCGAAACAAAUGGUAAUUAAUGAGGGUCUGGUAAUAUAUCCCGUGGCCGAUUGUCAAGAAAUUUCUUAUACAGUGCUAAAGUGCGAACCAAAUUGUGGAAUUCUGGACAACGAGACACUGGUGUUUGUGGACAGGUGUGUGAAGUCGCUAUGCCGCAUCCAAUUACUAUGGGUAGUUCCAGAUGACUAUUUUGACAAACUUAUGAAGACACUAUUUCUGAUGAAUGAUUCAAGCAAUAUUACAUAUAUCAAAAGUGACUACGUAACUAAACUUAAAAAUCAAAAUACGGUUUCGGGAGAAGGCCCGUUUCACAUAUCUGAAACUAUGUCUAUCAACUCAAAACAUGAACAUAGGAGGACUGUAUCACUAAACUCAAACUUUGACCAACCCAUAAGCAUUUUAGAUCAAAUAGACACUCCUAAAUCGCUAAUUAAUUCAAUUUACCGAGCUAAAUUGGAACCAUUUCUGCGCAGAAAUGGUGCAAAAAUUUACUUUCCAGGGCAGAUAUUCUAUGCAGGAGAUCUCGAAUUCUUGGUCUAUGCUAUAUACCCACCAGAUAAGCCAGGGCAUAUAACCCGUGACACUGAAAUAUACGUAUCUCUGGAUCCAUGGGGAGAGUACCAGAGUGUAACAAUCGCUCCAAUAAGGGACACUUUGCCCAAGAUUUACGAUUACGAUUUACACGAGGACUAUCUCUACCCUGCCCUAAACAACAAAUUCAAGGAAGCUUUCCGUUAUGGUGACUCUUUCAAUUACUUGGGAGUUGAUUUCAAAAUCACAGCCACCUAUCCCUAUACAAGCGAAUUUGGCUGCAUGAGGAUAGGCCCAAACACGCAGGUGACGCUGGGGGACCCGAUCGACCCAACGUUGGCCGACAUAAUACCAAGCGAGGAUUGGAAUAGGAUCAAAAUGCUCUCUCCCAGGCAGCAGCAAAUCGCACUACACAUUGCGGCCACGCAGCUCGACGAGUCUGCCAUACAAAGGAUUACACGAACGCACAGCGGUCAACCCAAGGCGUCGUAUGCUCUUAUCAACAGGCUUUCUGCUAGUGUAGAAAGGUACAAAUCGCCGGAAUGCGGAUAUGACAUUUUCACAAAGUACGGUGGUUCAAAUUUGGGCUAUAUGUUUGCGGAAGUUGUUCCGGACACAAAAAAUAUUUGCACUAUUUGUUGCCAAAGGUUCAAGAAUUUCGAUAAGUUUAUAACUUUGCAGUGCGGACACAUGUUCCAUUGGUGCUGCGUUAGAGCUUGGAUAAGGGAGAACCUAACUUGCCCUAACUGCCGUUCCCUUUGUGGCUAA